AUGAAGUUGUUCGACCAGUGAGUCUUACUUUAAUUUCAAUUUUACCAAAUGUUUAGCAAGUUUCAAUUGCUGGAAAGGUUAAAGAAGGUCAAGUUUUUUAAAGUCAUAUUUAAAGUCGUAUGUAAAGCAAAUGAACCAGAAGAGAGCUCAAGUAAAAGCCUGCAAACGCGGAUCGAACACGAGUUUGAUGAAGAUAAAGAAGAGGCAUAUCAGGAUUUACAAGCAUAUCUUGCUUCUAUGAAUACUCAUAAAACAUCAUUGGACAUAAAAAUCAUAAACCAGAAGCUUGAAGAAGUAUAUAACAGGUAAGCUAGAGUUAUAUUUUAUUUAUUCUUUAGAAAGCAACCUCCGGAGCAUGUUGUGGAUAGCAGCUUAUACCUAUAUCACACAUUUCGAGAACAAAUCAUUAAACUGUACAAGAAAGUCGAUGUAUACGUAUUUGGAAGCUCUGUAAAUGGAUUUGGGUCUUUGGAAUCGGAUAUUGAUUUGACUAUUGUUGGACUCAACCAUAUGUAAGUUACGUUUAAUCUCGGUAUGCUCUAAUAUACUCUUACGGAAAAGAGUAAACGUAAUUAAUAUUUACAGCCAGAUGCGUCGAGGACCUGAGGGCGUUUUGGAGGACGUUAGGGAUUACUUGAUGGAAAAGAAUAACCAAGCGGAAACAGGACUGAUCAAAGCUAAAUUGGUUGGCAGAUCAGUAAGCUUACAUUAAUAUUUUACAAAUUGUUAGGUUUUUUGUUUUUGAUCGUCCUGUUAUACAGAGUUUGUGUUUCAGCGACCUUUAAUCAAAAUGACGUGUGAACACCAUGGUCAUACUUACGAAUUGGACUUGGGCAUUGGAAGUCGUCAAGGAAUUGCUAAUUCAGUUCUUCUCAAUUGUUAUGCGAGGUAAGUUUUUGGAAGUGUUUGAUUUAGUUGGUUUAGGGUCUUUUUUAUACGUCAUGGAAACGUUUUCUAGCAUAUUUUUGUUGUUGUCUCGAAAAUAAUUAUCAGCUUUAAAUAUUAUGUUGGUUCUUGAUUCUAGAAUGGACAAACGAGUACGUAUGUUGGGAAUGAUGGUGAAGGAAUGGGCAAAACGGCGUCGUUUGUAUGGAGGAUACUUUCAAAGGUUUAAUAGUUUUACGAUAGCCGUGUUGGUGAUCCACUAUUUACAACAAGGUGUUCAGCCUUCUCUUCUUCCCAAUUUACACGAAUCCAAUCCAACAAUAUUCAAUGUACAAUUCAACAUUGAUCCGAUUGAGAGUAUACAGGAGAUUAUUGUUGAUUUUGGUGAGUUUUGCUUAUUAGCUUAAAUUGCAACUAAUAUUUAAUAUCAUUCAUCACAAAUCAUAAAAUUAAUGUGAAUAGGUAAGCUUUUUACGUUUUCAGAUCCUAGCUUACAGGAAAAGACAUUAAUUGAGUUGUUCUUUGGAUUUGUAAACUACUACAGUUCAUUCGAUUUCAAUCAAGUGAUUAGGAUUCAUAAAACAGAAGGAUCUUCUGGGUACGGGUUUUCUUUUUCUGUUUUGAAUACUUUAAAAAAUUAUUUUAACUAUAUUGGCUUCUUAAGCAAGUUAAGCUGUUAUAUUAUAUUUCAAUUUUAUAGUUAUGGCAGCGACGACGACGUAUGCAACUGUAGGCUCAACAUAGAAGACCCUUGCGGAGGACGGAAUCCUGCACGUGCUGUGUCUCCAGAAUGCUUUAACUCAUUCAAACUGGCAUUGGCAAGAAUAAGGCAUUGUAAAUGGUUCGAUAUCUACGAAAACCCCCAGACUUUUAACCCACGGACCCAUGAUCUCGACGUGAAAACACUUCUGAACUUCUUUGGCGCAGACAUGGAUCAGGAAGAUACUAUCCGUACAGUACUUUCCGAUGAUUUAUAUCGCAACAUGUAUCCACUACAACCUCACAUGUUUUGCAGCUAA